AUGAAGUUCAAAGGGUUCGUUUCUUCGUUAUCGUUGCUUUUCUUAUUGGGUUCUGGUUUGUUGACGUUUUUUGUUAUAUUGUCUGGUGCUAGGACUACUGGUGUAUUGGACAAAUUCUAUUGGUUUGAGGCUGACACCAGUGGGUUACCUGGUGCUCCAGAUACUACAAGAUGGUUCAAUUACCAUUGGUGUGCUUAUGAGAAUGGUGAAAUCGGAAGUUGUUCAGGCAAACAAGCGGACUUACCAUUUUCCCCUAGAGACAAUUUUGGAAACAGUCCUGAUCUUCCAGCAUCAUUUAGAGAUAAUCGUAAUACCUACUAUUAUUUAAGUCGUGUUGGUUGGGCAAUGUUGUUGAUUGGUUUAUUCUUCGUGGUACUCGCAUUGAUUCCUGUGUUGCUAUCCUUUUUCAAGGUUGGUGUCGGUGCGGUAUUGUCUACUGUUUCUAUUUGGCUGGCUUUAUUUUUCAUCACAUUGGCAGCCUGUUUGUACACAGCUUGUUACGUGAAAGGUCGUAACACUUUCCGUGAUGCCGGUCGUUCAGCAUCGAUGAACACCAAGAUGUUCGCAUUUUUAUGGACCUCAGUGUUCUUAUUAUUAUUAAGUUCGUUCUGGUCAAUAAUUUUGAGUGUCACAAUUGGUGUUCAGAAAGUCAAAGGAGCAAACACUUAUCAACCGUAUGAGGGUACUAGCUCUCAUGAUGAUAGUUACAACGUCGACAAGCACACAUAUGAAAGCGGUGUCAAUGACAACAACCGUCAAAAUAUCAAAUGGUGGAAACUUCGCUACAAGAAGAAAGACACCGUUGCUGUUUAA